AUGUGUCAUUGUGGUCUUUGUAAUUCGACGUUUUCUGUUCGUUAUUGUCAAUAGGUGUUAUAAAGUUAUAGUUUGAAUUUUUUUUAAAUCAAAUUUUAUUUCUUAGUAUAUGGUGAUAUCUGAGGAAGACCCAUUAUUAAUUAAUCAUAUUUUGUGGACUGACCAAAGUAAAUUUACUAAUAAUAAAAUAUUAAAUAAACAAAAUAAUCGUUAUUGGUUGAAUGAAAAUCCUCAUUGGACUUUUCCUAUUAACUUCCAAGCAUUUUGGGGUACAAACGUAUGGAUUGGUUUGAUUGGUAAGAAAUUACUAGGGCCCUAUUUCUAUGACGGAACUUUAACGGGAAGUUAA